AUGUUAAUUCUUCGAACCAUCCACGCUGCCACAGCUUCGAUUGUCCUUGCUGUGCUCAUCUUCCUGGCCCUGGGAGAGAAGGUCCUCUCCGUACGGCCAUACAGUGCCUUUGACGAUGGCGCGGGAUUCGCUGCGAAAGAAGAUCUGAGCACUACCCAGCUUCCAGCGAAUCAGGACUCGACAGAGUCCGAGUCAGAGCAGUCCACGAAUGAUGAUCCACGAAACGGCAAGAGUGGGAAUAAAGUCACCGAGGUGGAAGCAACGUUGAAAGAUCCCACAGACGGCCAAAUGGCCGGUGGACACGUGACCGAGGUCACAGUUGAAGAAAAGUUCUGGGCAGGUGACCCACCCGGUGUAAAGCUUGCUUACCAUCGAGGGUUUGGAAGCCGGAUCAUAGAAUGGUCUCCAAACGGGUCCUGGAGCAAGACUCGGUCACUGCUUGACAAGAGGCCCGGUGAGGUGUUUGUGAAAGCCAUCGGUGGCACAAACGUGCAGGAUGUGGAUCCUCAGGUUGUCACAGAGCUUUGGGCAGCGCGUGUCAAUGGGACUAGUUCCUACACUGUGAGCUUCACUUCAGAGCCUCCAAAGGUGACACCUGCUCUCUAUGUCAUUCUUUGCACGUUGCCAUGGUGUUUGGCCACUUGUAUUGCUUGCUGCACCUUGCCAUGCGCAAUCCAGCAAAUUUACACCGGAAGUGCGUUGGCGGAAGUGGGCACAGUUGUUGAAGAGUCAGCCCAGGAGCCUGUGCCGAGACUUUCGGUUACCUGGAUGUCUCAUCUGGUCGAGCAUGAUGUGACAAGGUGGAGCCUCCUUGGCUUUGGUGUUGGCAGUGUCUUGUUGUCGAUGCGCACAUAUGCUUGUGUGCUUGUCAUGGCGCCAACAACCAGUGCAAUUAUUGUCGCAUCGGAGGUGCAGCUUGGUGCACUUACCUUUUUCGUGGCUGCCGGGGUCAGGGCGACGAAGGCAAACCCACUCCUCGCUUCGGGCUCUAUGUGUCCUCAAGGACUAACAAAGAGGUUGAGCAAGCAGCUCAAGUAUGUGCUUCUAUCACUGUCGCCAAUGUUGACAUUUGUGUACUUGGCUUUGAUGGCAUGGCCGGCUCUAGUUUGUUAUAUAAUUAUUUACGGCCUCUCCAGCUUGGAAGCUCUCGCCGAGUACUACGAUAUCCUUUUCAUUGGCCCGUACUUGUUGAUAUUUGUCGCGCUCCCACACUUCCUGAUCAAUUCACACAUCCUGGCCAAAGUCGUAGAAGCUCAUGUUCGGGCAGCGACGCAAAAAGUUGAGGAUAUACUCCACCUGGAGAGCCAAAACAAGGGGGAUGGCAUGAAACAAUUGAAGCCCAAGUUGAAGGAGAUACACGAGGCUUGCAUCGGCUUGCGCGUGAAGGUGCUUCCAAACUUGGAGUGCAUCGUUGUGCCCACUCUUGGCUUUGCAGCCUGCAGUUGGGGCUUGGUGCUGAUGAACAUCAUCGAGUUCCUCAGUGGGCAUCUGGAAGACUUCGGACACGGCACGAUAGGGAUCGGCGUACUUGUGGCCCAGUUCCUCUUAGUGUUCCUGAUAUUCUUGCCUUUGGGAGUGAAUUGCUUGUUGCCCCCUGCAUCUGUAUCAGAUGCUUUCGACCACCUGCUGGAGGCAUUGAACGCGCUGCGGACCCUGGAUGGCAUGGAAGAUGACGCCCAAGUCCGACUCACCGAAAGCUACAUCAAGGAGUCCAACCGCGGGCAGGGUCUGGGAUUCGCGUUCUUCGGGAUUGUCAUCAACACUCGCCUUAUCAAAACAGUCUUCAUUAAGAUUGCUGCCUCCGCAUCAUUGCUCCUCUCGGCCUUCUACAGGGUCUUGGCCACCUACCGAGAUGCUCGGAGGCUGCUCUAUUAUGUUCCUCCCUGA